CCGGCGCCGGACCCCGCCCGCACUGCCCCGGCUCGGCGCGCCCGGCCCCGCCAUGAGCGCCGCCGCGCAGAUGGAGGGCAGCGCCGAGCCGCUGCCCCCCGGCUGGGAGAUCAAGAUCGACCCGCAGACCGGCUGGCCCUUCUUCGUGGAUCACAACAGCCGCACCACGACCUGGAGCGACCCGCGSCUGCGAGCGGCGCCGCAGGAGGGCCAGUCCUCAGCGAAUGGCCCCUCUCGCGACAGCCCCAAGCAGCCGGUGRCCAGAGAAGCACACGUGGGCUACCCCAAGCUCCGGGCCGGCUACAUCGCCAUUCCCGUCAUCCACGAGGGCAUCGACGGCCGGCAGCAGCACCCCUGCUUCUCCUCCCCGCAGCAGAGGUACAAGACAGAGGCGGCUCCGGCCCCGGGGCAGGCGCAGCCCCCGCUCAGGGGGGCCCAGGGUGGCCCCGAGUCGCCGGCGCGGGGCCCGGCCGAGGCGGCUGCGGCCGAUCAGCAAUGCGGACAGACACCGGCAGCUGCGGCCCCGGCCAUGCCGGCCACGCACGGACCCGAGCCUCAACCUCCUGGAGCACCUGAGUCUCCAACAGUUUCCCCUCAGCCCUCUGGCAGACCCAACGCAGGGAGCCACCCGCUUCCCCGCGGUUACAUCCCCAUCCCUGUGAUCCACGAGAACAUGCCUCGCCAGCCKGCACAAACCUACCACCAGGCACAGAAAACCCACUACCCUGCCCAGCAGAGCGAGUUCCAAGCCCACCAGCCGGUGUUCCACAAAAUCCAGCCCGAGGACAGGGAGCCCAAGGCGGCGCGGGCGCAGUCUCCGUUCAGGGUGGCUCAGAGAGGCGCCUCCAGCCGGGAGAGCUCCCCGGCCAGGCUGAGCAGCCAGAUGCAGCCCCCAGCUCCCAUCCGAGUGCAGACAGUCGUAGACAGACCCCAGGUUUCUCAGCAGCAAGUCCCAGCUCAGGAGCCACCAAGACCAGCCCCUCCUCCUGAAACCAAGCCUGACAACAAGGCAGCCCCACCGCCCGAAACRGAGGCACCCUCCACAUAUAUCCCAAUUCAGGUCACCCACCAAGAAGCAGAUCCUAAACUGCCACCCCAGAAGCCUCCAGCCAUGGCAGAGAAAGCUGAUAAAAAGGCUCCUUCCCCUCCUAAGGUUGUUCCWCCCCAGGAAAAGCCUCCUCCUGAAGAAGCGGCGCCGCCGAAGACGAUGGAAACGGGAGAACCUCAAAAGCAUCCCGGUGUUUUGAAAGUGGAAGCAAUCCUGGAGAAAGUACAAAUGCUUGAGCAGGCAGUCAACUCCUUUGAAGGCAAGAAAACUGACAAAAAGUACUUGAUGAUUGAAGAGUAUUUGACCAAAGAGUUGCUAGCCCUAGACUCAGUGGACCCUGAGGGUCGUGCGGAUGUGCGCCAGGCCAGGAGAGAUGGCGUAAGGAAGGUCCAGACCAUUCUGGAAAAACUUGAACAGAAAGCAGAAGAUGUCCCAGAACCUGUUCAAGUUGAUGGACUUCAGCCAAAUUUACCAGAGCCUAAGGCACCACAGGAAAUCAUGGAGAUUGAACCUGUGGUAGUCAAGAGCAAGGGAGAUAGCAGUAACAAAAAUGCUCAAGAGGAAAGCAAAAUGGAAAGACAUCAGCCUGAAACGAAGGAAGAAGUGUUUACCAACCUCGCCACCACGACAAACACAUCCAGUAACCCAACUGAACCGUAGCCACGUGCUGAAAUUCAAAUCUCUCAGACUUUAUAACUGAAAGUGUGUUUAAGUGAAUUUUAAGUUGCAUGCAUUUCCGGAGCUCUUUUCAACUGGUUUUAAUCAACAUAGCAGCUUGGGACACAGUAAACACUUUGUGGGGAAAGGAGGGAGCUAGAAAGAAAKUAAUGCAUUUAUCCUUUAUUCUUACACUAUGUAAAAGACAUGUUUCAAAAAUAAACCCUGUACAUUAAUUGCUUUUAGAUCAGUUGAGUGGGAAAAAAAAAUAAGACUUCAGGGUUAAUAUUGAUGCGUGUUGUUAAAGGUGUAUUCUUUUGCAGGUGAUUUUUGUAAAAUCAGUGGCCUGCAUUGUCAGAAUACCAGUUCUCCUACAAGUAUAGACACUCUUAACAGUAAUGUUUUUACUUUUAAUGUUCACAGUUGGGCACUUUAAGUAACGAUGGAUAGAAAGUGUGUAAGAAACUGUAGGGGUAUUUAUAUGUGUGCAGGACUUCAAUGCUAUAUUUUAAGAGGGAAAUAAAAUAAUAUGGAAGUCUAA